AACACAACGUCAGAUUGGAGUACGGGUUGAGAAGCCUUAGGCUUUGGUCUGACGGGACGUGUUAGUGGGCGGCCUGGUCUAGUUACGAAUUGCACUUUUCGUGACCUUGGCCAGAUCGGCCGUUAACCCGUCAUGUAGCACUCCCGAUCCUUGGUAGACGGUCGGCCGUCGGUCAUGUUCUUGUUUGAUUGUUGGCCGGUGGUUUGACCUAUGCCUAGAACGGUUCGGGGGCGUUACAUCCGGUGUACCUGAAGUCCUUUGAUGUUUCUGAUAUUAAAAGUAAUGCCAAUGCCUUACUAUCACUGGUGGAUGGACUUGCUGAGGAAGUUGGAGUGCAUAACGUUGUUCAAAUCAUUGCAUGUUCAAGCUCUGGCUGGGUUGGUGAAUUAGGCAAGUCUUUUGCUGCUAACAACAGUAAUAUGUUCUGGUCUGUGAGUAUAUCCCACUGCUUCGAGCUUAUGGUGGUGGAGAUUGAGAAAAUGGAUUCCUUUGGAGGCAUACUUGACAAGGUCAAUAACAUUACAGAGUUCCUCUACAACAACCCCUUGGUUUGGGAGCUUUUCAAAGAUCCUAGUCAUGGAAACGACAUGACAGUCUCCUCAUCUGAGUUUGUGUUUGCUACUCCUUAUCUCACACUGGAGAAUGUUUUCAAGGCGAAGAACAACUUGGCAGCCAUGUUUGCUUCAUCCGACUGGAACAAAGAAGAAGGCACAUCAAUAUCCAAAUUUGUCAAGGAUCCGUCCUUUUGGGAAUCUGUUCAGAGACUAGUGAAGUCCACAUCUCCUCUGAUCCGCGGUCUAUGCUUGUUUUCUACUGCCAACAAUCAGCAUAUUGGAUACAUCUAUGACACUAUGGAUGGCAUAAAGGAGAGUAUAGCGAAGGAACUCAGUAACGAGGAACGGUGUUACAAGCCGGUGUGGGAUGUGAUUGAUGAUGUAUGGAACAAGCAUCUCCACAGUCCUCUUCAUGUAACCGGUUACUUUCUGAACCCGGCUGCGUUCUACUCAACUGACUUCAGUUCUGAUCCAGAAGUUACCACAGGUUUUGUCUCCUCUUUGGUUCAUAUGGUAAAAGAAUGUCACGUCCAAGCUAAAAUUUCCGCACAGCUUAAAAUGUACACACUCGGUCAAGGUUGCUUUGAUAAGGCUAGUCAAGCUGAUAAAAUCACUGACAUUGCUCCAGGUGUGUGUGUGUGUGUGUGAACUUGUCGACUUUGGACAUUCGUGUAUUGUUUUUGCAGAUAAGUGUGUUGUUUGAAUAAGUGAAGCUAAUGGUUAGUAUAUGUUUGUAGCUGAGUGGUGGGCUCAAAAGGCGAGCCAGCAUCCAGAACUGCAGAGUUUCGCGAUAAAGAUUCUGAGCCAGACGUGUGAAGGUGCUUCCAAGUACAAGCUCAAGAGAAGUGUAGCAGAGAAGUUGUUGCUUACUAGAGGAAUGAGCCGUUUUGAGGAACAGCAUCUGGAGGAGUUUGAUAAGUGUGGGCAUUGGAUGAGAGAAGAUAAGAGCAAGUAACCUUGGAGUAACCUUGGUUUAGUAAAAGUAACUAUAGUUUAGUUACUUUAUGGUUUAUCCUUUUAUCUAUAUAUUAGCUGGGGAAAAGGUGAGAGAGUUUUUAUCGAGAGUUUGAGUGAAUAAUCAGGGAGAGAAAUGUAGAGAGAUAUGAUAGAGGGGGAUUUGUGAUUAGUCUCCAUCUACAAAGAUCCAAAGCUACAAACUAAGUGAAGAGAAGUGAAGAGUUUUUGUGCUGCAAGACUUUUGUAUGGACCGACCCGUUCAGCUUAUUUUGUGAAUGUGCAGAUUCUAGUUCUUUAGUUUGUAUAUUUAUUUCGGGAAUGUAAGUAUCAAACUUUUGAAUC